GAGGUUUACAAACCCCAGAGAAAAUAUAAACGUCAGAAGGGAGCUGAAGAACUCCUAGAUGAAGAAUCAAAGGUUCAUGCUACGCUUCUGGAAUAUGGCAGGAGAUACGGAUUUAGCAGACAAGCAGGGAAAACAGAACAGGCUGAAGAUAAAAAAAUUGCGCUACCUCCAGGGCUUGCAGCAGCAGGAAAAGCUGAGCCUUGUGAUGAAGAUGACCUUCAGGCUGCUGAAGAGCUUCGCAUUAAAACUCUGAUGACUGGAAUGGCUGCAAUGGCAACAGAAGAGGGCAAGUUGACAGCAAGCACCGUUGGCCAGAUUGUUGGACUCCAAUCGGAUGAGAUCAAGCAAAUAGUGUCAGAAUACGCUGAAAAGCAAUCUGAGCUUUCCGCUGAGGAGCGACCAGAAAGGCUUGGAGCUGCCCAACAACAUAGAAGGAAGGUGGCAUCUCUGAAUAAGCAGAUUUUGCAAAAAACCAAACUCCUGGAAGAGUUGCAAGCUAAAUGUGCUGAUCUGCAGGCAAAAUGUACCGAAGCAAAAAAGACGUUAACUGAGGUUAAGAGUUACAGUGAAAAGCUGGACAAGGAAUUGGCAGCCUUAGAAACAAUAGAAUCCCAAGCAGAUUCUAGCAUAUUACAGAGUCUGCGAGCGCUGGUGGCCAUGAAUGAAAACCUAAAAAGCCAGGAGCAAGAGUUCAAAGCACAUUGUAGGGAAGAAAUGGAGAGACUUCAACAAAAUAUUGAGAAUUUGAAAGCUGAGGCAGUGGAAGACGGGGAGGAACAGGAGCCAAAUAAGAUUAUAGAACAGCAGUACAAAACUGAGAAAGAUAAACUUCAAAAGAUUCGGCUGUUAUUGGCACGAAGAAACAGAGAAAUAGCCAUUUUACAACGCAAGAUUGAUGAAGUACCCAGCCGAGCUGAGCUAACACAGUAUCAGAAGAGAUUUAUUGAACUUUACAGUCAAGUCUCAGCAACUCACAAAGAAACGAAGCAGUUCUUUACUCUUUAUAAUACACUGGAUGAUAAGAAAGUAUAUUUGGAAAAGGAGGUUAACUUACUGAAUUCUAUUCAUGACAACUUUCAUCA